AUGUCCGGAAUAUGGGUUGUCGUAGGUGCAUCCAGAGGAAUUGGCCUUGAGUUCGUCCGGCAGCUAGCAAACUCUGGACAACGGGUUAUCGCCGGAGUGCGCAGCCUAUCAAGUGCUGAACUGCUCUUCGAACUAGUUUCCCGGAAUACUCGGGACGGUGCUUCUCUGAUCACUGUAGAGGAAUGCGACGUUACGAAGGCUGAUAGUAUCGACGACUUUUCUCGCAGAGUCCAAAGAGCCGUGCGAGAUGGAGGGCUACGAUUAACGAAUGUCAUUUUGAAUGCCGGCAUCAAUCAAUAUCCGAAUCGUGCUACGGAGAUUUCCUUCCAGUCAUUUGCCCACCACCUGCAAACCAACACAAUUGGCCCGAUAAUUGUCGCUCAAAGAAUGCUUACCAUCGACCCGACCACACCAUUAGAGAAGCUCAUAUUCAUUUCCUCUGACUCCGGCUCAGCGAGCCAAUUUCGGAGCCACGAAGACGGAUUUGCCGUAUAUGCAGCUACUAAAGCAGCCCUGAAUCAGUCGUUGAGGCAUAUGGCGGCGGAAAUUUCCCGAAAGGGUGGCAGGACGUGCGUGUUGGCGCUGCAUCCGGGCGAGGUGGAAACGUGA